AUAAGGUACGUCGGGGCCUGUAUUAGAAAAUCUCCAAAAUAAAAAUAAUAAUAAAAAAAAAAGCAAAGAAAAAGAAGCCCCACAUCAAAAGGAAAGAAUGGCUUCUUCAAUGAAAUUUGCAUUCGUUCUUUUCUUUGCUUGCUCUCUCUUCGUUCAAGGAACAUUAGCGGAAGUGAUCUGUGAAAAUUUACCUAAAAAUCUGUGUUCCUUUGCGGUUGCAUCAUCUGGAAAGAGAUGUGUGUUGGACCAUCACAAAAAUGCACAAGAAAAAACUGAUUGUACAUGUAAGACAUCAGAAGUUGUAGUAGAGAGAUUGUCUGGAUACAUUGAAUCAGAUCAGUGCGUGAAUGCGUGUGGUGUUCACCGUGAAUCUGCCGAGAUAUCCUCUGACGUCUUCCUUUCAUCUGAGUUCACCGCCCGUCUCUGUUCCCCAGCUUGCUACCAAAAUUGCCCUAACAUUGUCGAGCUCUUUGUGAACCUUGCUGCCGGUGAAGGAGUGUCUUUGCCAACUCUAUGCCAGGAUCAAAAGGAGAAUCAUCGAGCCAUGUUGGCGAUUUUGAGCAAUGGUGAUGCCACCCUUGGUCCAGUGGCUGCUCCUCAUGCUGCUCCUGCUCCAGCAUCUUUCUAAUUAAUUUAUGUAAUAAAAAAUUAUGAAUGCAGUUCUAAACUCAUCAUUCUUUAAUCUCAUGGAGAUACUAUUAAUAAAUUGAUAGAAUGAUGAGAUCGAGUUAUUAAUUAUA